ACCAGAAACCCUCAUGUUCAAUGGUUAAAGGAAUUGGAGGCACUACUAAGUCAAUUCAAAGUUCGGUUUCGGUGAAAUUAUUUUCCCGUUUUGAUCUCAGUGUGUGUUUUAACAUGGAUUCGCUCGUAGUCGACAAGGUUACGGAGCGCUUGCCCACUGUGUCUGUGGACAUUUCGUCGUUGAUCAACUUUAAUAAUUUAUCUUUAGCUGACGAUGCCUACGCUGUCCCUGGAGAUAUUGAUUUGUUGAUUGGAGCAUCAAUCUUUCCUCACCUUCUUUUAUCUCGUAAAGUUCAAGGUCAGUCUGAUUGUCUCUCACCGCUCGCUCUAGAGACCGUAUUAGGAUAUGUUAUUGUCGGCUCUGCUCCUGCUCUAGUUGAUUGCCACGCGUCUGUCUCAUAUUGUUGUGCUACAGACCCGCUUGACGCUGCCGUACGUAAAUUCUGGCAGAUAGAAGAAGUAAACGCCCCGAAACUAUUGAGUCCAGAUGAUAAGGCAUGUGAAGAUAUCUAUAACAGCACGACUACCCGCGAUGCGGAUGGACGAUACGUGGUCGCGCUCCCAUUUAAAGGGGAUGUAUUUUCAUUAGGUGAUUCGUUUAAGAAAUCUAAAAAUCGCUUUCUUUGUCUAGAACGCAAAAUGCAGGCAUCACCUGCAUUAAAGGAGGCGUAUGAUAACGUGAUUAGUGAAUAUUUAAAUAAGGGUUUUAUUUCUCCCGCCCCUAUAGACACUGAAGAAACUAGGAAUUUACCCUCAUAUACAAUACCUCACCAUGGUAUAAUAAGAGAAGAUAAACUUACUUCUAAAUUACGCAUCGUCCUGGACGGUAGUUCAAAGUCCAGUUCCCAAAUCUCGCUUAAUGACAUUUUAUAUAAUGGUCAAAAUCUGCAAGGAAACUUAUUUCAUAUUAUUGUUAAUUUUCGCUUAUAUCGUAUCGCUCUCUCCGCUGACAUUCGCCAAAUGUUUCUUUGCAUUGGAGUUCGGCCAUGUGACCGAAGGUUCCAACGCAUUCUGUAUCGCUUUUCACCGCAAGAACCCUUGAAGGUUUAUGAAUUUAACCGCGUUUGUUUUGGACUGAAGUCUAGUCCGUUUCACGCUCUUCGUACCAUAAAGCAACUAAUUUUGGAUGAAGGCGCUUCUUAUCCGCGAGCACAGCAAACAGUCAACACAGUUGGCUGCCAUCACACUGUUGGAGUUUUCGAAGCUUAG